GUAUUUUUAAAGCUAUUUUCUUACUUCUUUUCAUUCUUUGAGUAAGUAUUUUUAAAAUUAUUUUUUGUGUGUUUAUAUAGUAUAAUAGUAAAUGUUGAACCACAAUAACUGUCGUUUUUUGAGCAAUGCUUCUUUAAUUUUGGGAGUAAGUUGGCUGCUUAUUGAUGCUUUUAGAUCUUUAUGUUCCAUGUUUUCAAGUUAGUAACUCAUUAUAGUUUUAGCUAUCACUGGAAAUUGGGAUGAUAGGGAGGUUUUUCUGUCACCUGAUCAGCGUUACAACAACAACAUAUUCAGUGAAAUUUGUGUAGACAGACCAUAACCCUACAUCAAGAAGGACAAUAAUAAAAUAAUGACAACAACAAUAAUACUAAUAAAAAAGACAAGGGAGCAUGAUGCACAUGAUGGGGCUGCAUUUCCACGUGAAAGAAUAUCGAGCGACUGCGAUCGUAGUGAUAUAUACUUCUUCUUCAAAGAGGAGCACAAUUUCUGGAAAAAUAACUUGAAAGGUUCGAGAAAUUGACAUUUUCUCCAGAAGUUACCAUUUAUAUUUACAGAUCUUGCUUGAAAGUGGUACUUUUAGUUUGUAUAACGUGACAUAAAUUGAGCUACAGCGCAGCUUUUUGGCUAUGUUAUUUGUUGAAGAAUUAGCAACUAGUUGAAAAUUUGUCAUUUUUAUUGAUCAUGCAAAAGUUAGCAUAUCUUAAUAGUUCUCAUAAAAUUUCGGCUUGUGAAGGUGUUUGCUUCUUGACAGUUUUGUUGUGAUUCCAGAUCACUCUUUUCUCAGGCUUUGUUAGCUAUCAAAUGGUUCGAGAUGGAUAUGAUGGUAAAUCACGCUAUUUCAACGCGUGGUCUCAAUUAUCAUUCACAUCAUCAUAAAUCAUCCGUCAUCUUCUCUCAAUCAUGCCACCUUCAACUAUUCUUAAAUGUGAAACUGGUGAAUCAAGAAGAGUUGUCCACUCUCCAUGUUCCUAUUACACUUGUUUGUAGACCAAAAUGUCCAAUGUAAAAAUAUUGUGAAAUUGGUAUGCUAUGAAGAAGUUGAUGGAGAGCUAUUCUGGAAGAUUUGCAAGGCUUCUCUCACGUCGUGUUCUUUUCCUCAAACUGACAGAAUUUGCAUGAGAGGCCCUGGAGGACAAGGGGAGGUUGAAGUAGCUGUUUCUGGUGUCGUAGAUCAGAAAUGUAGAAAAGGAUUAAGUUUCAGUGCAGUUGUUCGACGAUCUUACGAAGGAAUGAUCCCUCUUGAGUGCUGCUUGAUGUCCAUAUCAUUACCUUGGGAAUACACUGCUUACAAUCUUUUGUUUAAGGUGAGAGAUAUUCCAUUAGCACAUUUUGUUUAAGGUGAGAGAUAUUCCCAUUAGCACAUUCGUUCCUUCAGAUAACUUUAUUCACAAGAACUCCUUUCAUUGGUAGCGUCUUGGCGUAACUGGUAAUGUUGUUGCCAUGUGACCAGAAAAGAGUCUCUUGUAGAAAUGCAGGGUAAGGCUGCGUAUAAUAGACUCUUGUGGUCCGGCUCUUCCCCAAUCCCAUGCUUAGCGGGCACUUUAGUGCAUCGCGCUGCUGCCCUUUUAGCUCCUUCCAUUGGUAGCCCUGUGAAUUACCUCUCUUGUUUCCAAUUCAGGAAAGUCCUCCACUUAACAUGUAAAACUGCCCAUCGGCGACAGUGUCUCGGAGGAGUAUAUAAUCUCUUCAGCUAAGACAAGACAGUAAUAGGACUCAAGUUCAAAGGUUCCAAAUAUGGACAGCUAAAGAGGGCUAUUUGAAGGCAAAAUGCAGCUGAGUAUGAAACAGGAAGCAGUAGCGAUAAUAUGUUGAUAAUUUUUAGAGUCUGAUUUGGAAGUUUUAUAAGUUCUGACAGUUUCUUGUUUGCUAUCCAAUCCACAACUUAUUUAAUCUACUAUGUUAGCAGUUAAUUAUAGGUAAGUGAAUUUCUCAAAACAUAUACGUGA